AUGCAUUUCACUACACUUUCUGUGCUGGCUACCCUAGCGGGCUCUUCGGAAGCUUUCUUUCGCAUAUCAUGUCCAGGCAGGGUUGUUCGAACACGGCUUGACCCCGUUGUCACUCCGGGCAGUGUCGCUGGCCAUGUACACACCAUCUCAGGCGGUGCUGGAUUCGCACCUACAAUGACCUAUGAGGGUAUGCGAGUAUCCAAUUGUUCGACGUGUACCGUCAAGCAAGACAUGUCGAACUACUGGACGCCUCAGUUGUAUGUUAAGUUCAAGAACGGCACGUUCAUGCCAGUCCCCGAGGUUGGCGACCCAGAGGAUGUCACUGGCGGAAUGACAGCAUACUAUCUUCAGCGUCGCGGUAACGAACUGAAUGAAAAACUCCAUGCCUUUCCAGAGGGCUUCCGCAUGGUCGCCGGAGACCCAUCCAUACGAAGCUUUGGCAACGACUCCGCCGCGAAAGCCAUUUCAUACAGCUGUCUCAGUGGGCCAAAUAUACCAGAGACGAACAAGAUGCCCAACUACAACUGUCCCGGUGGCCUGCGCGCUCAAGUCUUCUUCCCAUCGUGCUGGAACGGCAAGGACCUCGACACGCCCGACCACAAAUCCCACAUGUCCUACCCUGUUGGCCAGGAAUACAACAACGGCGCCUGCCCGCCCGAUUUCCCUAUACAUAUGGUCAGUAUCUUCUACGAAGUGCUCUACGAUACCGCCAAGUUCUCCGAUCAAUGGGAAGGCAACCAACACCCCUUUGUCUUCUCCAACGGCGACGCUACCGGCUACAGCUUCCACGGCGACUUCAUCAACGGUUGGGACGUAGACGUCCUGCAGCGUGCAAUCGACGAAUGCACCGACGACAGCGGGCAAGUCGAGAAGUGCCCGGUGUUGACACAAUUCACAGCGCAGGAAUGCCAGGAGUGCCGUCUUCCCGAGCAAGUCGACGAAGUCAAUGACGGGCACCUGGACAAGCUGCCUGGCUGCAACCCCGUCACCUAUGAGGGGAACCAAGUAGUACCACAACAGUGCAACGACGGCAUCGAACUGGGGAUCAGGCAGACGAACUACAUCGACCUCACGUCCACCAAGGAAUGGGAGUACAUCGGCUGCGGCCGCGACAAUAUCGGGGACCGCGCCUUCACGGGCCCGAGCUGGAGUCGCGACAACACGACCAUCGAGUCGUGUGUGGAUUUCUGUUCUGCCGAGGGCCACACAUACGCCGGCCUCGAGUACAAAGGCGAAUGUUUCUGUGCCGAUAAGCUGGACUUCAGAUACGCACCCAGAGACGGCAUCAUGGGCGCGUGCAGCAUGAGGUGCACUGGCAAUUCGGAUCAGACCUGUGGUGGCUGGGCUGCAAUGAGUAUUUAUCAUGCGUGUCCCGAGAACGGCCCGUGUGCGAAUAAUGAGCAGUUUGGGAAGGCGAAGGCGCAAAGUACGGAGGUGAAGAGGGCGACGAUUGGGGCUCCACGGGCACUGAGUAGGAAGAUCAGGACGCAUGCUAGGGAGAUCCUGGCAGCGUGA